CCUGGUGAGAAGCAAGCGGUUCUGCAUCCUUAGAGCAAAGAAGCUUCUUCACAUCAUCUCAGAAAACAUUAAAAAAGAGGAGAGAAAAAGGAACUGGGAGAAAAAAACCAACAUGAGUUCUUCAAAUACAGAGUCCUUUGAAGCUGAGAAUGUAACAGCAUACGACUACUACGACAGUUAUGACUAUGGCCCGAGACCGUGCAGUAAGGAAAGCGUCAGGAGGUUUGCAGCCUCCUUCCUACCUGUUCUGUAUACCCUCGUGUUCCUGGUGGGGCUCAUGGGAAACAUUCUGGUCAUUGUGGUCCUCUUCAAAUACAAGAGGCUGAAGAGCAUGACUGAUGUGUACCUGCUAAACCUUGCCAUCUCAGAUUUGCUCUUUGUUUUAUCCUUGCCGUUCUGGUCUUAUUUCACAAUAGACCAAUGGGUUUUUGGAACUCUCUGGUGUAAAAUCAUCUCGUGGAUCUACCUGGUGGGGUUUUACAGCGGGAUAUUCUUCAUUAUGCUCAUGAGCAUAGACAGAUACCUGGCAAUUGUUCGUGCAGUGUUUUCCUUGAAAGCAAGGACCACCUUCCGUGGCUUGAUUACCAGCCUCGUUGUAUGGCUGGUGGCUCUUUCGGCCUCAGUCCCAGAGCUGGUAUUCAGAGAAUCUGUUGAUGAACGCAACUAUACCACCUGCAAGCUCAGAUAUACAGGCAACUUCACCACCUGGAAACUUUUUGCCACUUUGGAAAUCAACGUUUUAGGGCUCCUAAUCCCUUUUAUAAUUAUGGCGUUUUGCUACUCCAUGAUCAUUAAAACGUUAGUUCAGUGUAGAAACGAGAAGAAGAACAAGGCUGUGAAGAUGAUCUUUGUUGUCAUGAUCCUGUUUUUCUUCUUUUGGACUCCUUACAACAUUGUUAUUUUCUUACAACUGCUGGAAGUUAUGGGCAUCAUUGGCAACUGCCAGCUGAGCAGGAACCUGGAUUACGCUUUCCAGGUAACAGAAAUCCUCGGCCUUUUCCACUGUUGCCUCAAUCCAGUCAUCUACUUCUUCAUGGGGGAAAAAUUCAAGAAGUAUCUGAAGAUGCUGUUUAAGAACUGGCCGUUACCUGGAGAUAUUUGCAAGUGGUGUGGAGUUCACAUGGCUUACCACAGCGAAUCUACCAGCUCCUUCCACACACAGUCGACGGGGGAUCAAGAUGCUCUGUGAGACGUUUCAGACCAGGCAUCGAACUCUCCAGCGAGCAA